AUGCCGCUGUUCGGCUUUCUCACGCGGAGGCGAAGUUCCAAUCGUGUUUCUGGUCGGGCACCUUUGGACGAGAAGAUACCACCAAUGCCAACACAAGCGACCGCCAUCGACCGCAAAUCGAGUAAGAGGAGCAAGCGGAGAGCAUCGGCGCAACUCGAAAAGUCGGCAGAAGCGCGGCCACCCAUGCCACAAAGGAAGUCCACGCCGAUAGACAAGGAGAGUAGGACACCAAUGCGCAAAGGCAGCAUCGAAAACAUCACAGCAUUGCCAGUGAGCAACAAACUAGCGACGAGUCCACAUCUACGACCCGCCGACCUCGACCGACCACAUAUACCUUAUAACUUUCGCCCAUACUCAAUGUCUCAGGGUAGCGUCCAGGGCCAAGACAUGUCUUUCUCACGGCCCCAGACCCUGCGGUCACGCGCCAGCGGCACACCGUCCCGACGACCAUCGAGUAAACGGAAGUCAAAACAAGUUCGGGAGGAAGAGAUUCGGGCCAUGAGCUCGCCGAUACCUAUACCGAAACGACCUGGCGAGGGACCAUUACGGAGAGAUAGCAAGAAGAUACGCCGUGGGCUUGGAGGACUGGGGUCGAAUGUAUCUCUACCUUUUGAGGAGUCGGUGCACUCAUCAAUGUCUGGAGCGCGGGAUCAGCGUGGUUGGGAGGUUGGUAUACUCGAUGUGUUCAAUCCACGGCCAGCGGUCAGGUUGUCAGGAGUACCGCAAGGUGUGACAUCAAUGAGCGCGCCUGGUACCUCGUACAUGUCUCCGUCGUCAUCGAAGAGGAAUAAAGACAAGAUGCCUGUGUCUCGUGGCUCAGCGCGCAAACCAGAUAUCAUUGGCGAAGCGGCGGAUGAUCUCGACGCGAGUGAUAUCAGGAUGUUAAUGGAGCGGGAGAAGAAGCGGAAAGAUAAGAGAGACAAGGAGAGGCAGGAGAAGCUUGAUCGUAAGUUACGGAGUAGGAAUGGCCGGAAUCGGGGUGAUAGUGAUCGGAAGACACGAGAAGCGGAGGAGCAGAAAGGGAAGGAUGAAGUACAGAUGGUGGCGGACGAAGGAGCACGAAGGCGGGCGCUGGAGGAAGCCGAAAGGCGAGCAGAAGAGGAGCGGCGUACGCGAGAAGCUCUGCAGCCUCCGAUCGCGAUCCAUCCUGCUCUGCGAGACCAGCCUGCGGUGUCAGAAGUAGAAACCAUUGGCCUGGGCAUUGGAGCUGGUGCACUGAGAGGCCAUGAGAUCUCUGAGCACGAGCAGGCACAUGCACUUCCCACGACAGAGGAACUCGGCACCGAAAACACUGGGACGUAUCUGCACUACGACACCGCAGAAGCAAUACCGGCCAAUGUAGAUGACGUCCCAACGAACCCAUUCGCGGAUCCAGUAUCGACGCCACAAGCAGUCGAAGUCGAGACGGAUCCGCUGCGCACAGGCGCAAGAUCAUUCUCGCCAAUGGCAACACCACUCGAGACACCACUGGAAGAGCCGGCCCUGCCCAAAGCCCAAGCCGCCAUGAGCGUUACGCAGCAAAUCACGCCCCCCCUGUCACCAAUCAGGACAAAUCAGACAGAGCGUGCGCCUUCGAGCCUGUCACAAGUCCAGACGCCUGACAUGCCAGAGCCUCUGAUCAUGCCAACAGACAGGAGGACGUCAGAACCGAAAGACAAGCGCGCUGGCGCAUGGGCAUCUUUCUUCCGGCGAGGCGGUACCAACUUCCGCCGACCUGGUGAGGAUGGACGAUCAAGCGGCUCGACUUCGUUCUCGAACAUAUCUCGAGAGUCAAUGCGCAACCAGCCCAUCCCGGCGCACCUCAUCGAUACACAACUCCCUACCCCGUCCGCACGUCGGAAGUCUGGUACGCCCACGAGGACGCAAAGUAAGUUCCGAGAGGACCUACCCGAGAUGCCAGUUUCGCCACCAGAUUCCCGGAUGCCUUCACCGGAUGUCACACAGGCUGCCGCUUUGGCUGCUGCUGCGAGAAGAGGCAAGCGAGUACCCAAGCCUGUCGACAUACCCGGUGCUCGCACAGAAACUCCCGAUCUUCCGACUGUCAACCGGAACGAUACACCUGUGAGUCCGAGCAGACGUGGACACAAUCAGAUGUCUGCAUCAAUGGCAUCGGUGGACUCGGAGGGCUCAUGGCUCGCGAGCACAGGCAAGAGGCAGUCGACACAGUCUGCGCUGAGCAGGAGCAUGGGAUCGUUACGACAACGCCGACAAGACUUUUCCGAGAGCUACGAAGAGCUACCCGGUGACCGCGAUGCAGAGUACGUCGCCCAUACCGGACCAGCCGAGCGAUCUCAAAUGAGCCCCUCAGCACUGGCAGGCGCCAGCCCCGACGAAGAAAGCGUGCGCGACGUCGAAGUCGCCGGUGCUGGCUCAUCAGCAGAUCCCCUCACCAUGCACGGCAGUGUCCGCCGAAAUCCCACCCUCGUGCACCGCGACCCACGCGUGAAAUCACGAGAAGGACUCCUAACCGAGUACGAGACCGUCACCACCCCCGAUGAGCCCGAAAGUCCAACAAGCAUCUACAACGACGAGUUCGACCUAGCCGAGACACGGGGAGCGCAGAUCCAAAGUGCUAAGAGCGUGAAUUAUGGCAGGAGUCAUGCGAGACAGGUCUCAGCGGGAAGUGCGAAGCUCCUGGAUCUCCCGCCUAAGCGGCAAUCAAUGGAUGCUGUGUCUGGUGCGCCUGGAUCCCCUCGGGCUUCGUUGACGCCAGCGGCGCGGUCGACGCAGCAGUUGUGA